UAAUACUGUGAUGUGAAUUAGAUCUAUUCACACAGUCUAUUUACGUUGUUUUCUCAAAAUGGAUGUAGACAAACUUCAGCUAAAACUAGCAUCAAGGCUAAAAUUCCAAGUCCUAGCAUAUGUUUGUCUUGGUAUUAUUUAUGCAAGAGGUGCUUGGAAUGUAUUCGGUGUCAUUUUUUUAGCAGCUGAAUCAGGACAUAGCUGUGAUUCUAACAGGCAAAUUCGGACUGGUGUUGCAUACAAUAAUGGAAAUAGUUACAUUAAUUCAAGUGUAAACAUGUCUUUCAUACAACAGAGCUCAGUGUUAUACUCCAGAGAAUGUGAUGUCAUUGUUGCUCUAAACAGCAGUACUAAUGUUACAGUCCCUUGCACUUAUGCAUGGGUUUAUAGUAGUGAAUUUGUAUCAACCAUUGUUUCAGAGUGGGAUCUUGUGUGUGUGAGGGCCUAUCUUUCUGAACUCUCUACAACCCUAUAUUUGAUAGGGUCAAUGUGCGGGGCAUUGCUUAUAUCCCCUCUGUCUGACAGGUUUGGGCGCCGCUUGGUCCUUCUUGUUUGCCUGUUGUCACAAGCUGUGAUGGGGGCCUGCGUUGCUGCAUCUCCUAAUUAUGCUGUUUUUACUACCCUGCGGUUUAUUGUUGGAUUUUUUAACAUGGGUAUAGCUUUGAGCACAUAUGUGAUGAUGACAGAGAUAUUCCCAGCUUCUCAACGUACAAUUCCUUGCUGUGGCUUCCAGAUAUUUUGGGCCUUUGGCAUUAUGCUGACUGCUUUAUUUGGUUUUUUAGUUCGAGAUUGGCGACAUCUUCAGUUGGUUUUCUCUCUUCCAAAUAUACCAUGUGCUGUGUUAGUUUGGUUUCUACCAGAGUCUCUACCAUGGUUAAUCUCUCAGGACAAACUAACCCAAGCCCAGUCAGUUGUGAAAAGGAUAUCAAGUUACAACAAAAUUGAUGUCCCUAAUGACAUCUGCCUGUAUGAAGCCAUACAUCAUGAGAGGGAGUUAGAGCCGGUAGCAUCAACUCAGUAUAGCGAGCAGCCAAUGUUGUCUGGAAUUAUAACCCAGGAGGAAGCUGACACCUUACUGGCUGGUGAACUUUCAUCUCUUGAGUCUCUUAAAUCCAAUAGUGAAAACAAUGAAACAGCUGAAGAAACCUACUGCAGCGUAGUGCACAAAACUUCCACAGAAUGUGCCGCUCUAUCUGAGGAAGUGGAGACAAAAGUUAUAAGUCCAGUAUCUCCAUUGGUUGGGGAUGAGGAAAAACAAAAGAACUCUGAAAACAGAAAUAGUGUGUUGCUGUUGUGUCAAAGUCCAAGAUUUAGAUUGUAUUCUUUCAUUAUUUUCUAUCUUUUUUUUGGGAACAGUCUCAGCUACUUUGGAAUCUCUCUGAGUACUCCUGUUUUACAUGGCAAUCCAUUUUUCAAUCUUUUUCUUCUGGGUGCAGUGGAGAUACCAGCUUACAUCAUUUGUGUAUUUAUAUGUGAACGAAUUGGUCGUAAAGUGCCACUCUGUGUGUUCCUGUUAACAUGUGGGCUGAUGAAUAUAACAGCUAUGCUUAUAUCAGAGAAGGCAUCGGAUGGGCUGAAUGAUCUCAGAAUAGCAUUUGUAAUGAUUGGCAAAUUUGCCAUAACUGGCGCAUACACAACAGUGUAUCUGUAUUCUGCUGAGAUAUUUCCCACUUCUCUAAGAAAUCUGGCCAUGGGUGUUUCAUCUUUCUUUGAAAACUUCGGCAGUAUAGCAGCACCAUUUAUUGUUUUCUCUGCUAAAUCAAUUCCAGAACUUCCUAUGAUUUUGUUUGGUUCAGUAUCAAUCAUAGGAGGCAUUAUGGUCACAGCUAUGCCAGAAACUCACCGUCGUCCAUUACCUCAGGGUGUAGAGGAAGUUGAAUCUUGGGAUGUGUGUGGUAGACGCAAGUAGAAAUGAGUUGAAUUAUUUUAUCCAUUUUUAAGGUUCCACAAAAUAAAUUAAUUUAUAAAUUUCAUUUUUUUUUAAAAAUUGUUAACACUUUUACAAAGAACAUUGUUUCCAGCUGAAUUAUAUGUCACACAGCACAUUAAGUCAUGUAUUUAUUAUUACAUAUCAGAAUUAUUUUGAGAACUUUUAUGUUUUUAAUUAAUCCCAUGAUAAUAUUUUGACAAGAACAAGAUUAUUCUUUCUGUCUAGAGGGCAUUAUUUGUAAUGUAUAUUUGUUCUUCUAUUAUUGGGUUACUACAGUAGUUUUAAUAUAUUUUAAAAUGCUGUUUACAUGGCAAUUUGUAAAUAGAAUCCUGUGUCACUCAAAUAUUGCUAAAUUAAUUUAUUGAAAUCAAUUAUAUAUCAUCACACGUUAAUGAAAUAACACAUUUUUUACAAGUUUUUGUUGUGUUUUUUAAAGUAUAUAGUCGAGUACAUAAAACGGGUGAUAUUUAUAUAGGCCUACAGGUCAGAAUUUGUUUUAAAUAUUGUCUAAUUUUACCAGGUUUCAAUAUCAUAUUUUUUGUGAAGUUAAUGUUUAAGACUCAUUUAAUGGAAGCAGAAAAAAAAAAGACCUAGAUUGAACUUCAGAGUGAGGACAAUACUCUUUUGCCAUUUUCCUUUUAUAAAGGUUUUAUUAUAUUAAAUUGUUAUACUUGAAUUUGUUUCACUUUACGCUCAAUGCAAAGCAUGACAAAACAUGUUAUCCUAAAGUAGAAUCUCGUGCAUAAUACUUUUGACCUCAUGUCAUUUUGUUAGAUUUUUCACAUUCCCAUCAGUUAGAUAUUGUUACAUCAUAUUCUCACUUGUUACUAAAAUAUUGUAAUCAGGGUAUGAUUUGUUUUGUAAAUACUCCCUGGAAUUUAAAUCCAAGUGUUUCCUGUUUUAUCUAUUUUUACUUUUAUAACCUUCAUGGAGUAACAUUUUUUAUGGUGACUGAUUUCUUUGUUUUACAUAUACUGAAAGUAUGACAUUAGACAAAUAUUUUUUUACUUUUAAAAUAUCCCUAAAACACUACAUGUAAGAGCUAUUGAAGUAUUAAGUAUAUGUGCCAUAAAUUGAUUUCUUUAUUUGAAUGGUGGUAUGGUUAAUAUAUUUUUAUUAAAAUAGUAAAAUAUUCUCGAGUUCUAAAAUGUUGCUUCUCGUUUAAUUCCUGUACAUCAUCUUAUGGUUUUUUUUAGUUUUUAUUGUUUUGACUUAGUAAUUCAAAAAAAUAACUGUGGGUACCUCCUAAUAAUAUGUAGACAUUUUUCUUUUGUGAUUUCAUGUUUGAAUUCUUUAUUUUUUUCAUCUAAUGAAGAUUUUAAAUUUAUUUAAUGUAAAGAUUCUGACUAAAUGAAUGAAAUGCAAUGAAGAAAUAAAUAAAUUAUUAUAAAAUAUCUUA